AUGAGGUUUGUUGCGUCCUGCAUGCACGUUUUUGAUGAUGCCGCUAACGCCUUGAUAGUGCCACCAGAUUGGACCGUCUCGCUCCUCGAGACGGGCAGCACAGCAUUGAUCCGGAACACUGCUGCCGAUCAAUUAGCCGAUGUCCAAAAACAACACCCCGACGAACUUUUCAAUCUACUCACGCGGGUGAUUCCCUAUUUGCGGUCAAAGAGCUGGGAAACUCGCGUUGCAGCUGCCAAGGCUGUUGGAGGCAUCGUAUCCAACGCUGAGAGGUUUGACCCCAAUGCCGAGGAUGAGCCGAUCGAAGCAGUUGUGAAGGCAGAAGAAGUCAAGUCAGAAACUGACGGCCAUGUCAAACCCGAAGACAGCAACGGAGCCAUCGUCAAAAAGGAAGAGAAUGGCGACACUGCGAUACCUCCCCUCAGCGAACGGUUAGACUUAGCUACGCUAGAUCUGGCUUCUAUCCUCAAAUUCGGCAAAAAGCUUGUUGCUAGCGGCACCAGGGAGCAUGAAUACAAACUCGCUGCCAUGGCCCCAGCCGAUCGCAUCGAUUACCAGAAAGAAACCCUCCUCAAGCGGCUCGGCUUUGAGGGCGAGUACAUGGAGGAAAAGUCGCCUCCAGUCGACGACGUGAUCGCACAGACACCUGGACGCCAGACGCCAGCCAUACAUCGCAUCGACACCAACAUAUCAAGAUCAAACUCAAUGACCGCUGCCACAUCCCCGCCUCUUGCAACACCGAACGGCGAACAAGUACUCAGCAAGCGCCAACAGAAUGCUCUGAAGCGGAAACAGAAACACAUUGCCAAAGGUGGUUCCGCCAAGGUCCAGAUCGUUGAUUUCAGCGGCCCGCGGAAGGACUCGCAGCCAGAUGCUCUACAGACACCAGUCCGCACAGCGCCUGUUGCGCUGAAGGUCGAGAAGUCAGAGAAUGGAGAAGACGCCAACAAUGUUGAUGACUACUUCUCGCUCGAUCGCAACGGUGGCGAUGAUGACCAAAAAUUUGUCAAGGAAUUCAAGGGUGAGACAGUCCCAGAAAAGUCCUCCUUCCAAACCGAGGAAGAAGAGGAAGGCUUACUGUGGCCAUUCCGACGUGUGACUGAAUAUCUUGCUGUUGAGUUGUUCGACCAGACUUGGGAAACCCGGCACGGCGCUGCCAUGGGCAUUCGCGAAAUCCUUCGCGCUCAUGGUGCUGGAGCUGGUCGACGGAAAGGCAAGUCGCGCGCUGAGAACGACACAUUGAACCAACAAUGGCUCAAUGAUCUCGUCUGUCGCAUAUGUUGUGUGCUCAUACUCGACUCUUUCGCUGACUACACGUCCGAUAACGCCGUCGCCCCAAUCAAGGAGACUGCCGGACAGGCCAUGGGAUCAGUAUUACAGUACUUGUCACAGGAGAACGUACUGGCGACCUUCAACGUACUUCAACGUAUGAUCGUACAAGAAGGUUUACCAGAGUGCGCCAACCUUAAUUGGGGCGUCUGCCAAGGUGGUAUGAUCGGCUUGCGGUAUCUGGUCGCCGUUCGAAAUGAUCUCCUUCUGCAAGAUGAUACAUUGAUGGAUGGCGUCCUUGCUUGCGUCAUCAAAGGACUUGGAAAUUUCGACGACGACGUUCGCGCUAUCAGUGCUGCGACUUUGAUCCCGGUCGCCAAAGAAUUUGUCGAGAUGCGGCCAAAAGCAUUAGAAGUUCUUAUGAAUCAAGUAUGGGCUUGUCUAUCAAGUUUGCAAGACGACUUGAGCGCGAGUACCGGAUUCAUCAUGGACCUCUUGGCGAAGCUUUGCAGCUUUCCGCAGGUACUGGAGGCCAUGCGCGCCAAUGCUCGACAAGACCCGACCCAAUCUUUCCACGAACUCGUCCCUCGCCUGUUCCCCUUCUUGCGGCACACCAUUACCACUGUUCGUGCGGCUGUAGUUCGCGCACUCAUAACCUUCCUCGACAUCCAGAGCGAGGACUCAGAUGGCUGGUUAGACAGCAAAGCUCUGCAACUAAUCUUCCAGAACAUCCUACUUGAGCGCAAUGAUGGCGUUCUGAAGCUCUCUAUACAACUCUGGAACGCCGUUAUCGAAAGCAUCGGCGAUGAACUGCCCACACAUCUCGAGCCAAUCCUGGAUGCUAUCGUUCCUCUUACUCUCACACCCAUUGGUAUCGCCCGUCACCCGAUAGCAAUGGACAUGUCGUUGCUCAUCCGACCUUCUGGCCAGGUCAUGGGCCAGGCCCCGCAACAGACGCCGAGCCGUAGAUCGACGCCUCCACCAGGUGGCGAACCUACGGCGAAGAGGCGCAAGAAGUCGCGACAUGGAAAGGAAGACAUGGCGACGCCCACGCCAUCGACCACCUCCCAUAACGUUGAUGGUCACAUGAUCAGCGGUGAGUUGGAACUCAUCGGUGCUGAUGUGCUGAUUCGCUCGCGAACCUCUGCUGCGGCUGCGCUGGGCAAGGCUAUGGGCGCUUGGCCAGAGACCACUAGGCAACAGACAUUCCAAGCAAGGCUGCUGCCUUCGCUAUCCUCGUCGCAUUCGUCAACUCAGAUGACCGCCGCCAUCGUCAUUGACGAGUUUGGCAAGAAUCUGAAGAUCAAGGACGACUUGGCAGAGGCUUUCGUCAAAGCCCUGCUUCCGAUUGUGGAAGGUGAACGACCCGUCGCCUACGAAGAUCUCGUUCCCAAACUCCAGAUUGUCCGUACGCAGUGCACCGCAUUACUCAGCAUCUUCCGCGACCACAAUGUGCAGAACCUGCCAAACCUGGCGGUCGUGGUACAAGGCGAUCCAGCUGCUAGCCAAUACGCAUUCGGCGUCGCCGAUGCCGAGAAGCUGCUCACGACGCAGUUUGAUAAACUGAAGAAGGCUAUGACACCAUCGGCCCGUAUGGUCGCUGCUCAAAAUCUAGACACAUCCCGGAAAGAGGUAGAGUCAAGUCUCCAGGAAGCCAAGGAAAUCAAAGAGGAGCGAGAUAUUCGUAUCAAGGCUGCCGCCGCUGGUGCUUUGGUAUGGCUCAACUCGCCACCCAAGAAACCGUCACCGCCCAUCAAGGCUAUGAUGGACAGCGUCAAGAAGGAAGAGAAUGUGGAGCUGCAGAAGCGGUCUGCUACCGCUGUGGCUGGCUACAUUGUCUACCUGGUCAACGCGAACAGGUCCGGCGUCGUCAACAAGGUGGUUGGCAACCUUGUCAAAUUCUACUGCAUGGAGACAGCAGAGACUCCCGAGUUCCUGGCACAGUCCCAUGUCGAGACAGGUAUUCUCACGCUCAAGAAGGACGAGGAUAUUCGCGACCACCCCGACGCUGCCAAGUUCGCCGAAGAAUCCAAAGCCGCCCGUAUCACUAAGCGUGGAGCACGUGAGGCACUUGAGCAAGUUGUCUCAAGUUUUGGUGCCGAGAUCUUCGAAAAAGUGCCCAUCUUGAAGGACCUGAUGGAGAAGCCGAUCAGGGAAGCUUUCACAGAUGCCAACCUUCCUGCUAAGAUUUCCGAAGAGGAUGGCGUGUUUGGCCAGGCGGUUGUAGAUGCGCUCUCAACCUUGAGAGCCUUGGUCGGAAGCCUGCAUGCAGAUGUUCGUGGCUUCGUAAAGGAUCUCUUGCCACUCAUUGCCAAGGCUUUGCAGAGUCGCCUGUACGUCCUCCGUUACGUUGCCGCCAAAUGUUUUGCGACCAUUUGCAGCGUUAUGUCUGUCGAGGGCAUUACAAUGCUGGUCGAGAGCGUUCUUCCAACCAUUGGCGAUGGUGGUAAUGUACAUGGUCGGCAAGGUGCGAUCGAAUGCAUAUACCACCUCAUCCACGUCAUGGAAGACGCCAUUCUCCCAUAUGUCAUCUUCCUCAUUACUCCAGUGCUCGGCCGAAUGAGCGACUCAGACAACGAUGUCCGACUCUUGGCAACGACAAGUUUCGCUACGCUCGUCAAGCUCGUGCCUCUGGAGUCUGGUAUACCCGAUCCGCCAGGUCUGCCGGAAUCUUUGCUCAAGGGCCGUGACCGCGAGCGAAAGUUCGUUGCGCAAAUGCUUGACGCGAAGAAGGUGGAGCCCUUCGAGAUCCCUGUCGGUAUCAAGGCAACGCUUCGAUCAUACCAACAAGACGGUGUUAACUGGCUGGCGUUCCUUAACAGAUACAAUCUGCACGGUAUUCUCUGCGACGACAUGGGUCUUGGAAAGACUUUGCAGACUCUGUGCAUGGUUGCUAGCGAUCAUCAUCUCCGUGCCGAAGAGUUCGAGAGGUCAGGCGACCUCAACUUCCGACGUCUACCAUCGCUCAUCGUAUGCCCUCCGACUCUGUCUGGCCAUUGGCAACAAGAGAUCCGGCAAUAUGCCCCAUUCCUCACUUCUGUCGCAUAUGUGGGCUCACCGGCUGUUCGUGGGCAAUACAGGAAUGAGCUCGAAAAAGCGGAUAUUGUGAUUACAUCAUACGAUAUCUGCAGGAACGACAUGGACCUUCUGAAGCCUAUCAACUGGAACUACUGUGUUCUGGAUGAGGGUCACUUGAUCAAGAACUCAAAGUCGAAGACCAGCCAGGCCGUCAAGAACUUCCAGUCCAACCACCGUCUCAUUCUGUCUGGUACGCCUAUUCAAAACAACGUACUCGAGCUGUGGUCGCUAUUCGACUUCCUCAUGCCAGGCUUCCUCGGCACGGAGAAGGUCUUCCAGGAACGCUUCGCAAAACCCAUCGCGGCCUCGCGGUUCGCCAAGUCCUCGUCUAAGGAGCAAGAACGCGGCGCCCUGGCCAUCGAGGCACUCCACAAACAAGUCUUGCCCUUCCUCCUCCGUCGUCUCAAAGAAGAAGUGCUGGAUGACUUGCCGCCGAAAAUCCUACAGAAUUACUAUUGUGACCUUUCCGAGCUCCAACGUAAUCUCUUCGAUGACUUCACCAAGCGACAAGGCCAGGAGAUCCAAGCAAAGGCAGGUAAUGCCGACCGCGACAGCAAGCAACACAUCUUCCAAGCCCUACAGUACAUGAAGAAGCUAUGCAAUUCGCCUGCCAUGGUCGUCAAGGGACCAGCCAAUAAAGCCUAUGAGCCCACACAGCAAUACCUGAAGAAGCACAAUACCACGAUCGAUGACAUCGUACACGCACCCAAGCUCGGUGCGCUCAAGGAUCUUCUUGUAGACUGUGGUAUUGGCGCAUCCGAUGUUGCAACGUCUCAGGCCGCCCCUGUCACCGGCGAUCUCCCCGAAGCCGUCUCCCAGCAUCGCGCCCUCAUCUUCUGCCAAAUGAAAGAGAUGCUUGACAUGGUUCAAAACACUGUGUUGCAGAAGAUGCUUCCUUCCGUCCAAUUUAUGCGCCUCGACGGUACAGUCGAAGCCACCAAGCGACAAGAAAUCGUCAACAAAUUCAACUCCGAUCCAUCAUACGACGUCCUGCUACUCACCACCAGCGUCGGAGGUCUCGGUCUGAACUUGACGGGUGCUGACACUGUCAUCUUCGUUGAGCACGACUGGAAUCCGCAAAAGGACAUCCAAGCCAUGGAUCGCGCCCAUCGUAUCGGACAAAAGAAGGUUGUCAAUGUCUACCGCAUUGUCACGCGCGGAACGCUCGAGGAGAAGAUCUUAAGUCUCCAACGCUUCAAGAUCGACGUCGCCUCCACCGUGGUGAAUCAACAGAAUGCCGGCCUCGGCAGCAUGCAAACAGACCAAAUCCUUGACCUCUUCAACGUCAGCGCAGACAGCAACGAUCCCAGCGCUUUACCACCUCCUCCAAGCAACAGCAAGGACGACGUCGAUCGCAUCGACGAAAACGACGCCGUGGACGCAACGGGCGCACUGAGAGAAAAGGGCAAGAAGGGCUUCCUAGACGAACUAGGAGAACUUUGGGACGAGCGGCAGUACGAAGAGGAAUUCGACCUGGACGGAUUCUUGGGCAAGAUGAAGACGUGAAGUAAACAAAGGGCGGACGAUGCAAGUGUAUUUUGACGGCGUUAUUACGGUGUUGAUAUUAUUUGACGUGGCAAUGACACGACAAUCGGGCUUCUUUUUAGCAUGGCGUUGGACGGCAGGCAUCAUCAAAAAGCCCAGAGAGGGAUAGUGUGCUUGUGCUGUAUAAGUAGUUGAGUGUAUUGAUAUGGUGGAAUGGAAAGACAUGUGAAUUUUGGCUGAAAACAGAA